UGUGUCAAAACAAAAGUUGACGAUGUAAACAAUCCAUCUGCAUAGAAAUUUUUAGCUAGUUUUAUUCGUUUUAUUAAUUUUCGUGCAAAAAUGACAAAUAUUCAAUGCGAUUUCGUGUCCGAACCACUGGAGAGUGAUAGAAAGCCGGAAGAUGCCCUAUCGGAGUACACCCCCGUACGCCUGCAGACCCUGCUCAAGUACUUCCGCAUCAAUCCGGGCUUUCUCCGACAUCCGGUCAACUAUCCGCGUACCCUCAACCUAAUCGCAAACGAUUUGCGGGAACCCUCGUUCCAGAAGUCCUGCGUGGACAUUCUCGAUGCCAUCGAGGAGUGGAAGGCCCGGGUGGCUUUGGAAACCGAACCCACUCUCCCUCCGGAUCGGGAGCUGAAACGGUUGCUGGUGGCGCUCGAAUCUCGCCUCACGCACGCCCAAAUCACGUUGAUACUGCAGCACAUGGAAGUGGUGGGUGGCGAUGCGGACGGCCUUUGGGCCACGAUUGCAGUUGAGAUGCGAGCUCUGAAGCAUCCGCCGCGGCCGGAGAUUUACUGGCGACGGGGGUUCGAGGAGUGGUGCCAAGAGGCCAAGGAACGGUUCCGGGAGGACCCGGAUGCAUUGACGGCUCUGCAGCAGAGGUACAUAGAUUAUGCAAGGGAGAGAGGCGAGCUGGAUGAUGGUUCCGGGGUGGAAUUCGACGCAUUGGAACUGGUCCUGAACCACUGCCGGACCUGCUUGGGAGUGCUGAAGGCAGCCGAUCCGAAGGCCUACCUGUUCGAGCCGGGAGGCACGGGAACGACUCUGGCCGACAAGAUCAACGUGUGCUUCGGAACGGGGAUCGAUCUGGAGGAACGCCUGCCGAAGUACGUCUGCUGGAAGUGCGUGGAGAAGGUGGAGGGCGCGUAUGCGUUGAAAAUGCAGAUUGAUAGGACUGACGAAGAGUUGAAGUGCUUGAUUGGGGAGUACGGGAAGAGGGAACGGAGGCAGAGUGAGCAUGUGAAGCAUGAGCAACGGGAAGAGGAAGCUGCGUUGGAGAUGGUACAGGAAGAGCCGGAAGAGCAGCAGGAGGAAGAGGAAGCGCUGGUGGCGAGUGACAAAGAAGUGGAACAUCUGGAAGAAGUUGUCGAGAUGGAGAACGUUAAGUAUAGCUGGCAAGUGGUGGAAGAUCACGAGAUGGUCGUUGAGCAGGUGGAACACGUGGAUGCCAGCGAGUUAACACAACAAGAGGCUGAAUGUUUCGAUGUGAUGGUAGCGACCGAUGAGGAUUAUCUGGAAGAUGAUGGGCAGGAAGCGUUCGUUAAGGAGGAACCGGAAAAGAAAAUUAUGACGCCUUGUCAAAAACUUUCACCGCAGCUAACGACGAAGCGCAAAAUCGUCGCCGACCUGAACGACAAGUUCUACCAUUGUCCCGAGUGUCGGGUAGUUCUACGGACGCAACAGCUCUGGGAGGCCCACAUAGCCAGUCAUAACUCGGAAAAGCGAUACACCUGCGAGGUUUGCUCCAAGCAGUUCCGUUCGUCGUCGACCUUGAAGAUUCAUCAGCGAACGCACACCAACGAGCGACCCUACGUUUGUGAGGUAUGCAGCAAGGCAUUCCGGACUUACAGCCAAAUGAAGGCGCACAGUUUCGUGCACAAUCCGGAUGAUCGUCCGGUUCGGUGUGAACACUGUCCCUACCGGACCACCACCAAAUCGUCGCUGUCCAUCCACAUGAAAUCGCACGUGAACACCAGACCGUACGUUUGCUCAUACUGCAAGGUGGGCUUCCGAACCUCCAGCAAUAUGCACAAACACGUUCGAAACAUGCACGAAGGGCAGCGACCGUUUAAGUGCCAGGAGUGCAACAAAACGUUCACCACCAAGGAAACGGUUCAGAAGCACAUGGUGACUCACACUGGAACGAAACCAUAUUCCUGUCCAGAGUGCACUUCCACAUACGGAUGGUACAAUGGACUGCAGAAGCACAUGAAAGCCAUGCAUCCGGGUGCACCGAUUCCAACCGAAAAGACCAUGAUGGUUGCCUCGUUGGGUGUGGAAAGUCUAGGCGAGGCGUAGCGGAAUUUGUACGAUGUGGUCCAUUGGCAUUAGGUAAGUAAAUAAAUUUUCAGAGACUGAGAACGAUAAAAA